CGCCACAACCAGCCUCCCUCCCUCGAGAGGCGGGGAAGGAAGACGACGACGAAGCCAGGGGCCCUCCUCCUCCUCCUCGUCUUCCAGUUUCCACAGGAGGGGAGAGAGAGAGAGAGAGAGAGGCGCUUUUGAGCGGCGGCGGGGAGGAGGACGCGAAAUGGCGGCGCCGGCGCUGCCUCUCUGCCUGGGGCCUUGCAAUGGAGGCGCUGGGAGUGAUGAUGAAUGUGUCUGAACAUACUUGGGGCAAAGAUUUUUGGAAGUAGAUAUUGGAACCAUUGAUGGAUAUCUGCUUUCACAGCAUGGCCCAGAUAUCUGGCAAUAAUGAAUUCAAACAAUGUCCAUCACCAUCUUUGGGCACAACAAGGGCAAAAGAAGUGGAUAAAGAAGAGGCACUGCAGAUGGAGGCUGAGGCUCUGGCUAAGAUGCAAAAGGAAAGAGUGGUGUCUGGUAAUAGACAAAGCAUUGACACUUUAAGCAAAUCCUGGCCAAAUGUACAAUCCUGCAGAAAACAGGACCAUGAUCUUAUGGUGUUUCCAGAGUCCGAUGCCAAGAAAAAGGUGGAUGAUAAGUUAAAUACAGUGGAUGUGGAGAAACUUACCCAUGCUGAGCUAGAAAAACUGCUACUGGAAGAAAGUUUUGAAUCCAGCAAACCAGCCACGCUGCCAGCAGUUCCUGUUCUGAGCCCAUCAUUCUCAUCACAGUUUUAUUCUAAUCCUACCAUUCAAAGAGGACCAUGGACACCUGGAUUGCCUGGGCCUUCUGCUUGCACUGUACCUUCUGUUUACCCAGCACCUUCUUACAGUAAACAAGUUGGUAUCUUUCAGAAUGGCUUCCAUCCAGGUAUGUCUGCUUAUCAGUCUACAAAGCCUAUUUAUCUUAGUCUUCCAGAGAGGUCCCAGUACAUUUCAUAUGCACUGCCAACUACCACAGUUUUCCAUCCACAACAAAGUCUACCUAUAUUUCAUCCAACACUUACCCCUGAAAUGGCAAAGGUAUUUGAUAAAAUAGCAAGCACUUCAGAAUUUCAAAAAAAUGGGAGAUCAAACACAGGCUUAGAAGUGACUGAUGCUAAAUCUACAAUUAAUUUGCCGGCCUCUGAAAGCUCCAAUGAUAUCAGUAAAUUUGAUUGGUUGGAUUUGGAUCCUUUAAGUAAACCGAAAGGGGACAACAUGGAUAUAUUGUAUUCUUCAGACGAUGGUGGAAAGGUGACUUGUAGUACAGUUGUAGAAGACCCUUGGGAUGCUGUGCUGCUGGAGGAGAAAUCCCCAGGAAAAUGCCAUCAUGAAAGAAAACUUAGUGGGAAAUCUGCUUCCGGGGCAACAGUUACAAGAAGCCAGUCUUUAAACAUUCGAACUGCUCAGCUUGCUAAGUUACAGGGCCAAACAUCACAGGUAAAAUGGAUCUGAAAACCUAUUUCAUUCUGCAGCUGAAAUUUUGUAAUAGGCUAUAAAAGUUUGUGCUACUUUACUUAAUCACCCCACCUUGUCAUUCUAUAAACAAUUGAUUAACAGAGCUACUUG